AUGGCAAAAGGGGCGAAGGAGCAAGUGGCGGACGACACCGAGAAGGCGACCGAUGUCGGACGCGAUGAAGUGAGCAAGGAGGAAGGAGGUGAUGUACCUGGAGAGAAAGAGAGCAAGAAGGAGGACGUGGGGAGCGACGAGCCGAGCCAGAAGCACGAGGUAGACGCGGGCAACGAGGCGGAUGGGCCCGCUGCAGACGAGCCCGAAGCGGAAAAGGCAGCGAGCGCGCCGGCAGCGAGCGAGCCCAAAGCUGAAAACGCAGCAGACGUGCCAGCACCAAGCGAGCUCGAGACCGAAAAGGCGCCGCAAGCCGACCCCGAGCCAAACGUCGCAUCGACCCCGAGCGACAAGGGCAAGGCCGCCGAUACGGCUCCGCACGCAACGUCCCAGCCCACAGGACCUUCCCCGCCCACGGCGGCACCCGCGACGCCGUCUGCAUCCUCGUCCAGAGCGGAAGCAGCGCCGAAACCCGUCGCUCCAAAGCCCUUCGACUUUAAUCGCUUCCUGGAGCAGAUGAAGCACCGCAGUGCCGUGCCUGUCAACGAGUACGUGCGCAGCUUCUUCCGUGGCUUCACCAAGCGCCCGUACAAGCCCGCGGACCAAGUCAAGCUGAUCUUUGACUUUCUCGACUUUAUCUCGGCACGCAUGGCCGAGGCGUCCGUCUGGGCGUCGCUCUCCGACGCCGACUUUGACCAGGCGACCGAGGCGAUGGAAAAGUUGAUCAUGAACCGCCUGUAUACCUACACAUUUACCCCCGCCAUCGCCCAGGAAGGCCACUGGAGCGUCCAGACAAACGACCUUGAGCGCGAUCAGGUCCUCUCCCAGCGCAUCCGCCUCUUGUCCUGGGUCGAAGAGCGCCAUCUCGACAUGGCGUGCGGCUCGCACUCGCCGCGCUUCAACGACUUUGCAGUGCAGGAGCUGCUCAAGAUCAACCACUACCGCGCGCCCCGCGACAAGAUCAUCUGCAUUCUCAACUGCUGCAAAGUCAUCUUUGGCCUGAUCCGGCACCUCGGAAAAGAGGAGAAUGCCGACGCAUUUGUUCCGCUCCUGAUCCUCGUGCUGCUGCGUGCGAACCCGCCGCACCUCGUGUCGAAUGUCGAGUACAUCUUGCGUUUCAAGAACCCCCACCGCCCGUCGAGCGAGGCGGACUACUACCUCUCGAGCCUGUCCGGCGCCAUCUCGUUUAUUGAAAGCAUGGAUCAUACCCAGCUCUCGAACGUCACUCAAGAAGAGUUUGACGCGCAUGUCCAGCGCGCCGGCGCGGAGUUCGAGGCGGAAGCGGCCGCCGCCGCCGCCGCCGACAACAGCUCGCUGCCGCUCCAUGCACAGGUCGCUGCCGUGUCCAUCGCAGACGACGCGCGCCAGUUCCUGCAGCGCACCGGCGAGGCGGCGCGUGCGGGUCUCACAUCGAGCUUCUCGCGGCCGAUGGGCGCACUCGGCAAGCUGCUGUACGAGCGCAUCGACGAGGCACUCGGGCCGAGCGACGUCCAGCGCCCCCUGCAGACGCCUGCGCCCAGCGCCGCACAGGGGCCCCGGCGUGGCUCCGCGCCGAAUGCGCCGUUGCGCGGCAAUGCGCUCGCCGUGCUCGAGGACGACGACGACGACGUGCGCCGCUCGGACACGUCGCCCGCCUUUGACACGCCUGCGCGUCCUCCGCAGUGGCGCAGCGGCUUUGUUCCCCGCACACUUGCCGACGACGACGAGACGCGCGACUCGCCGUCGCACCACGUCGCGGCGGCGCAGCGCCCCCCCGCGUCCGAGGCGAGCUUCGAGGGGGACACGUCGGUGGACUGGGAGGCCGGAACGCAGACGCUCAAGUCCAUCUUUCCCCAGGCGGAGGACUCGGUGCUGCUGCUUAUCCUGCAAGAGUGCCACGGUAACGUCGAGACGGCCAUCGAUCGUUUACUAGAAAUGACAUAG